UGCUCGAAGAAGACGAUCUGGUGUCAAAUGAUAAGAAGGCAAUUAUUCAGUUCCUUCCAUAGACUGUAUAAAAAGUAUAUAUAUCUUCAACCUAUGGACAGCGCUAAUGCGCCUUGGAGCGUUUAAACUACCAAAAAUAAACGAAGAAGAAGAAGCAGCAGCAGCAGCUUCCGCUCCGAGCGUUGCAUCGCUGCAUAGUUUGGUGUUUGUACUGACACGAAAGUUAUCAAUGACUAUUUCAAAACAGCGAAAGUGACUGACAAAGAAGAGGAGCGGCUGCUUCACGUUUUACAAAAAUGAAGCUCAACAUCGAGGGUCUGUUGGUGUAUUUUCCAUAUGACUACAUUUAUCCUGAGCAGUACUCCUACAUGCUGGAGCUGAAGAGGACACUGGAUGCUAAGGGUCAUGGAGUCCUGGAGAUGCCAUCAGGAACAGGAAAGACCAUCUCUCUGCUGUCUCUCAUUGUUGCCUACCAAAGGGCCUUUCCUUUGGAGGUGACCAAGCUAAUAUACUGCUCCAGAACAGUUCCAGAGAUCGAGAAGGUCGUGGAGGAGCUGAGGAAGUUGAUGGAGUUUUAUUGCAAGCAAACUGGGGAGAGCAACAACUUCCUGGCUCUGGCCCUUUCCUCCAGAAAAAACCUCUGCAUCCACCCGGAGGUGAGCUCUCUGCGUUUCGGUAAGGAGGUUGAUGGGAAGUGCCACAGUCUGACAGCAUCAUACAUUCGUGCACAACGCCACAGCAACCCCGACCUGCCUGUGUGUCGCUUCUAUGAGGAGUUUGAUGCAGUCGGCCGACAAGUGCCUCUUCCUGCUGGCAUAUACAACCUUGACGACCUGAAGGACUUUGGCAGGAGGAAAGGCUGGUGUCCUUACUAUCUGGCACGCUACUCAAUCCUGCACGCUAACAUUGUGGUGUACAGCUACCACUACCUGCUGGACCCCAAGAUAGCUGACCUGGUGUCCAAAGAGCUGGCCAAGAAGUCUGUAGUGGUCUUUGAUGAGGCUCAUAAUAUAGACAACGUGUGCAUCGACUCCAUGAGUGUGAACAUCACCAGACGAACACUUGACCGCUGCCAGAACAAUGUGGACACACUUCAGAACACCAUACACAAGAUAAAGGAGACAGACGCUGCUAAACUGAAGGAGGAGUACAGGCGAUUGGUCGAGGGGCUGAAGGAAGCCAAUGUUGCCAGGGAAACGGACAUCUACCUCUCAAAUCCUGUGUUACCAGAUGAAAUUCUUAAAGAGGCAGUGCCUGGUACUAUUCGCACAGCAGAGCACUUUGUUGGUUUCUUGAGACGUUUCCUGGAGUAUCUGAAGUCCCGUCUGAGGGUCCAACAUGUCGUACAGGAGAGCGCUCCGCAGUUCCUCAAAGACAUCUUCGACAAAGUCUGCAUCGACCGCAAGCCUCUCAGGUUUUGUGCAGAGCGGUUACAGUCGUUACUACGAACUCUCGAGAUUGCUGACAUCGCAGACUUCUCAGCUGUUACUCUCAUCUCCAACUUUGCUACCCUGGUCAGCACCUACAGCCAAGGUUUUACCAUAAUCAUUGAGCCCUUUGAAGACAGAACUCCAACAAUCGCCAACCCUGUGCUGCAUUUCAGCUGUAUGGACCCGUCUAUAGCCAUCAAACCUGUUUUUCAAAGGUUUCAGUCCGUUGUCAUCACCUCGGGGACUCUCUCUCCGCUGGACAUCUAUCCCCGAAUCCUCGACUUCCGCCCCGUUACCAUAGCAUCCUUCACCAUGACGCUGGCAAGGACUUGCCUCUGUCCUCUGAUUGUUGGCAGGGGAAACGAUCAGGUGGCCCUGAGCUCAAAGUUUGAGACCAGAGAAGACUUUGCUGUGAUUCGUAACUACGGCAACCUACUUCUAGAGAUGUCUGCGAUCGUUCCUGAUGGCAUUGUGGCGUUUUUCACCAGCUACGUCUACAUGGAGAACAUAGUAGCGUCUUGGUAUGAACAGGGUAUCCUGGAGAAUAUCCAGAGAAACAAGCUGAUCUUCAUUGAGACUCCAGAUGCUGCAGAGACGAGCAUGGCCCUGGAGAAAUACCAGGAGGCAUGUGAGAACGGCAGAGGAGCCAUCCUCCUGUCUGUGGCCAGGGGAAAGGUGUCUGAAGGAAUAGAUUUCGUGCACCAUUUUGGCCGAGCAGUCAUCAUGUUUGGGGUGCCUUAUGUUUACACGCAGAGCCGCAUCCUGAAGGCUCGUCUGGAGUACCUUCGGGAUCAGUUUCAGAUCAGAGAGAAUGACUUUCUGACGUUUGACGCCAUGCGUCACGCGGCACAGUGUGUGGGCAGAGCUAUCAGAGGCAAGACCGACUACGGACUCAUGAUUUUUGCUGACAAGCGUUAUGCCCGAGCAGACAAACGUGGGAAGCUUCCUCGCUGGAUUCAGGAGCACAUCAGUGACGGCAGUCUGAACCUCACCGUGGACGAGGCCAUCCAGCUCUCCAAGCACUUCCUGCGGCAGAUGGCUCAGCCUUUCAGACAGGAGGACCAGCUGGGUCUGUCUCUGUUGACUCUCGAGCAGCUGGAGUCGGAGGAGAUGCUGCAGAAAAUCUCUCAGAUCGCUCAUCAGACCUGAAGACAAGACAAGCAGAUGUGUUGAAAAUAAAUUAUAAACCGUCAUCAGUGGGUCAACAUGUUGGAUUAACGUCAGUCCAUGUAGCGUCUGUCAUACAGGCAAGACUACUGUUAGUUUCCUUUGCUACUGCAACUGUACAUAGUCACAUUUUAUACUGAACAUAAACAUUUGUGUAUCUGUUUUUCAACCAGAAUGAUAAAUGUUUGUAUUUAA